CUGGUAGGUGCUCACUCAGAGAGAGAGGGAGGAACGCAGAGUUUUUUUUAAAAUAAUACCGUUAAAUUUUUUAACAUUUUUAAAGGGAUUUGUUUUGAUUUUCGGUAGCUGGUUAAAUUUCUUGACGUGUAUUUGAGGUAGAGCAGAAUGCCGACUAACAGGUUUCAGAACGGGGACAUGGUGAUGGGCCGCUGGCCUGGCAGUAACCUGUACUACGAGGUGAAAGUGCUGAGCUAUGACUCCCCCAAGCAGCUCUAUACGGUCAUCUACAAAGAUGGAACGGAGCUGGAACUGAAGGAAGCUGACAUCAAGAGCCAGACGGGGUUUCGUCAGGGCAGCAGCCGCUCCCGGUCCCGCUCCCGCUCCCCGUCCCGGAGGCAGAGCCGCUCCCGCUCCCCGGGCAGGACGUCCCGCCGCUCCUCGUCCCGCCGCUCCUCGUCCCGCAGCCGGGAGUCCCGCAAGCCCAAGGAGCUGCUGGAGGUCAGGCUGUCCCCCGUGGCAAAGCCAGUGGAGAACAGUAGCAACAACAAGCAUGACAAGAAAGAGGAAAACGACACUGUUGAGAAGGUCAACGAGCAGAAGACUGAGAGCGAGACGGACCAUAGCCGUGCGAGCCGCUACAACCUGCGCCGCAGGAAGGAAGACGCCGUCGCCAAGGCGACCCCGCGCGAGGAGCCGAAGACCAGGGCCGUGGAGCCGCUGACCGUGACCAAGAGAUGGGCAACCCCCAAAACCACCGAGCUGGACUUCGGGGGAAGAAUAGGGGCCUUCUUCAUGCUCCUCUUCCUCCCGGCGGUGGUCUUCGCCCUCCUGCUGACCUGCAUGGCCGACGGCAGCAUCCUCAGCUUCCCGCCCCCCGUCCCGCCCCCGCAGGCCUUCUGGAGCACCCAGGCUUUCGCCGUGGUCCUCCUGUGGAUCCUCUUCCAGGCCGUCCUCUACAUGCUCCCGGUGGGGAAGGUUACUGAAGGAAUUCCACUUAAGAGCGGGAAGAGGCUGAAAUACAGGAUGAAUGGAUUCUUUGCUUUUCUGGUCACUGCGUUGGCUGUGGGAGUGGCUGUGUACUACGAGGUGGACUUCAGCUACGUGCACGAGCACUUCCUGCAGCUGGCCACGUCGGCCCUGCUGGUCUCUGCGCUCCUGAGCGUGUACCUGUACGUGCGCUCCCGCUGGGCGGCCGGGGACGAGCUCGCUCCGGGGGGGAACUCUGGUCAUGUGAUGUACGAUUUCUUCAUGGGACACGAGCACAAUCCAAGAAUUAAGAACUUCGAUCUCAAGUUCUUCUUUGAAAUGCGUCCUUGUUUGAUUGGCUGGAUUCUGAUCAACUUUGCGCUGAUGCUUACUGAAAUGAAAAUUCACAAGCUUGACUAUCCCUCAUCGGCCAUGUUACUGGUCAACUUCUUCCAGUUCCUAUACAUCGCAGAUGCUCUUUGGCUCGAGGAAGCGAUUCUGUCCACGAUGGACUUUACGUACGAGGGUUUUGGGUUCAUGCUGGCGUUCGGGGACCUGGUCUGGGUGCCCUUCACCUUCACUCUGCAGGCAUUCUACCUCGUCAAUCAUCCCAACGCCCUCUCUCUGCCCUGGGUGGUGGCCAUCUUUGCGAUUAACGCGGUUGGAUAUUACAUCUUCCGUAUGUCCAACUUGGAGAAGAACACCUUCAGAAGAAACCCCUCGGACCCUAAGGUGUCUCACCUGCGGACCAUUCCUACUGCAGCCGGCAGGUCUCUGCUGGUGUCUGGCUGGUGGGGGUUUGUUCGCCAUCCGAACUACCUGGGUGAUCUCAUCAUGGCUUUGGCAUGGUCCCUCCCGUGCGGAUUCAACCACCUUCUACCGUACUAUUAUCUGAUUUACUUCACUAUUUUCCUAAUCCACCGUGAUGCUCGUGAUGAGAGACAGUGCAGGAAGAAGCACGGAUUGGCGUGGGAAGAGUACUGUCGACAAGUGCGCUACCGUAUCUUUCCACGCAUCUACUAAGAUGGGACACCAUCCAUCUACGUUCACGUCUGCAGCUAAAUUUGUGAAGUCAUCUAAGAAACAGAAAAAUAACUGAAGUGGAUUUGGAAACAUUAAAACUGCAUUUUUUAUUUAAAGGAGCACAGAACUCUGAAAGAGUUAGGUAAACAACUUUUAGCAAUUAUAGAAUAAGUAUCACAUUUUUUAUACUCUUAUUUAACAACAUUGAAGUCUAAUGUUAAGCGAAAAAGAAAAGUUCUGAAGAGUGGCUUUUUGGGGGAAUGCCUUUAAAAAAAAAAAAAGUUUACAAAUUUCAACAGCCUCCUAACCAGGGAAUAGUCUCAUUAUAUGGUGUAUAUUUAUGUACAUAUACAUACAUUUUUCUUUUUUCACACAAAUACGUUUUCAUAAUAUUGCUUUGGUCAUUUCAAAAAGGUUUUGCUUCAAAAACACAAAGUGUUGCAAUUGUUUUGCUUGGCUUUUCUUUUUAAAAAUAAUUUGUAAUUGUACCAUUUGGUAUGCGGCUUGUGUAUAUUGUAUUUUAUGAGAUUUUAAUGCUCUUUUUUAUCUGUACAGUUGAAAUCGGUCUCUUGAACUCUUGUUGCCCUCAGGACUAAGAUUUUGUGAAGAACAUUGAUUAGGAAGGUUUGUCUUAAUUCUUGUGUAUAUUUUUAUAUAGAUGCGUAGUUUUUAAGGAACAUGUAAAAAAAAAAAAGAGUUUGCAUUAAAUGCACUAAUGUGAGAUUGCGUUUUAUAUCCAAAGUUUUCAAUUUGGCUUUGCUACCUCAAACUCACUGUCAAAUGUCCUCCCAAACCCAGGAUCGUAAACCUCUACUCAAGUGCAACGGGCUUUGUCUGUACAUUUGGGCAAAGCAACAUAACGCAUUUGGCAGUUGCAUGAAGGAAAAAAAUGUAAGCUUUUUGCCGGCAUUACGAACACAGCCACAUUGCAGGUAAAUUGGGUAGAGGAUUAGUUUAGGUGAUUUCUUUAUUGUUCGAUUGGUGACCUUGUGUUUUCACCAUAGAGAUGCACUCUGUUCCUUUUUAUCAUAUUUAAAAACCAAACCAUACACCCAUGACAAACGACAAACACCAGCAACCUUAAGAAUGCGAACCAUAUUUUCAAAAUAUGUAAAAUGAUCUCGUUUUAACUUUUCCGAAAUGCUUCAUAAUUAUAUGCGGCAUGUAAAAACCUUUCAAACAUUUGCCUCUUAAAGCAGCAAACAGAUCCCAUUGAAGACAAUGCUGUGUUUUUAAUGCACAAUAUAAGUAGCUGUGGGUUGCCCAAGUUACAUUGGAAUUUUCUUGUUGGCAUUUUAAAAUCUACCAAAUUAUAUUUUUGUAUGCCACUGUAGUAGAGCAGUUUAGCAAUGGUAGAUGAAUUUUGUGAGACUGAAUGCAAUGUACAUAUAAUUGAUUACUUGUUUCUUUUGUGUUGUGAUUUUGAUUAUAAAAUGCAAAUCCCAGUAGUCAUAGACAAUCUUAUGUUUUACAGUAGAUAUUUAAAGUUGCAUAUUACAACUGUUUGUUAAAAAACAAAUAAGCUGCCUGGAUUGCCACUGUAGCCAUUUACAUUUGCAUGUAGGAAUGUCUGUUUUGAAGCAUAGUUCAGAUUUCUUGCUACCUGAAAAGGUAAUUAAGUAAUUAGUAAUUGAUUACGUGAUCUUCCUGCAUGUACCAAUAUUGUAGGUAAAGUUAAAUUUGACCAAUCCUGUUAAAUUUAAGGUAACUUCACCUACACCUUUAGAAGUUACCUUUUGAAUGUAUUGUCAUAAGUUAUCAAAAGGUAGUAUGUUUGGCAUGAUUAGUGCACUUCAAAGUUUUAAGAAUGUCUGCACUAUAAUGUGGGAAGAACACUAUCAAAUACUGCAGGAUUGUGAUCAAGUUCAGACACAUUAGAACCUGAGGGUUUGACUGAAAAGCUCUGUAAAAUAUGUUUUGGCAAAAAAAUAAAAUAAAGGUUUACAGUCUUUCCUG